AUGGCUAUCGAAGAUUCAUACAAGGCUUCAGGAGAGCACGAAGAAUACGUCGGCUCCGACAUGGUGAAGAACAACAUAGCACAUACCGACUAUGCCGAAGCCUACGUACCCGAUACCGAGGAGGAGAAGAAGUUGGUCCGCAAGAUUGAUCUCUACAUUCUUCCGACGAUGUGGAUUAUGUAUCUGCUGAGUUACAUGGACCGGACGAAUAUCGGUAACGCCAAGAUCUCCGGCAUGGAGGAGGACCUCGGUCUCGACUCGGAUCGCUACUCGAUCACCCUCGUCGUCUUCUUCAUCGGCUACGUGCUCUGGGAAGUGCCCUCCAACAUGAUCCUCGCCCGCACCAAACCGUCCAUCUUCCUGCCCGCCAUCAUGUUCUUCUGGGGCUGCGCCACCAUCGGCAUGGCCUUCAUCAACAGCUACGAGGCCCUCAUCGGCCUGCGCGUCCUCGUCGGCCUCCUCGAGUCCGGCUUCGCCCCCGGUAUGCUCCUACUGCUCUCCUCGUGGUACAAGCCGGACGAGCAGGCCCGCCGCUUCGGCGUCUACAUCUCGGCCGCCAUCCUGUCAGGCGCCUUCGGAGGUAUCAUCGCGGGCUCCAUCACCAGGAAUCUGAACGGCGCCCACGGUCUCGCGGGCUGGCGAUGGCUGUUUAUUGUGGAGGGUGCCGCCACCGCCGGCUGGUCAAUCAUUGCUUCGUUUAUUUUGAUGGACUUCCCCGCCAACACCAAGCGCCUCUCCGAGCCCGAGCGCGAGCUGGCCAUCCGCCGUCUCAUGGCCGAUCCCUCGCGCCUUGACGGCGGCGAGGACCGCCCCAAGCUGUCUCACUUCGGGGCUCUCAAGGUCGCCCUCACUGACUGGAGGGUCUGGCUGUUCGUUGUUGGCUACAUGGCCGUUGUCGGCUCGUCCACCCUGUCCUACUUCUACCCGACCCUCGUUGAAGGCCUCGGCUACUCGACUGUUAACGCACAGUACAUGACUAUCCCCAUCUACGGUGUCGCAUUUGUCAUAACAAUGAUUAUUGUCUUUUACAUGGACAAGUACCCUCGCUGGAGAGGAUUGGUUCUGGGCUGCUGCAUGGGCGUCGCUUGCAUUUGCUCCAUCAUCACAUGCGCCGUGUACGACUUCAAGGCUCGAUACGCUUUGCUAGUCAUCAUGGCUUCGGGCCUAUGGGCUUCCAACGGUCUCUCCCUGGCAUAG